AUGGAUCAAAACCUCAUUAAUGAAGAAUUAGGUAACGAUGAGGAGGAACUGCUUCUGGUUUUAGCACUUUUGAUGGGCAAUCUUGAUGAUGACGAAGACGGCGAGGGACGAGAAGAUGUUGUCCAUGUCGAUGUGGAAGGCUACCGCUUAAUGAGCAAUGCCUCAUUUAAGGCCAACUUUAGAAUGGACAGAAUUGUUUUUGAGAGAUUGGUCGUCAUUGUUGGGAAUCAUAUGAGAGAAACUGGUCGACUUCAAAGGCAGAGAACUCGUGUCGACCUGAUCCUGAUGAUGGCUCUGUGGCCCAUGUUCAAUCAGGACACGUUCAGAUCUACGGGCCUACACUUUGGGAAGAAAAGAUAUGUCAUCCAUUACCACUACAGAUAUAUUAUCGAAAUUCUGUGUGAACUUGCUGACAGGUUCAUAAAAUGGCCUGAUGAAGUGGAAAGAGCUCAAAUUCAAGCCUACUAUGAAGAUGUUUGGGGCUACAUAGGAGCAGUAGGGUGCAUUGACGGUGUUCUCAUUCAGAUCACGAAGCCUCUUGAGAACCCACAAAAUUAUGUGGACAGACAUCACCAGUAUUCUAUCUUAGUCCAAGCAGUCUGUGACCAUCAACUUUUGUACCGUGAUGUGUAUGUUGGCAACCCAGGGGCAAUUGGUGAUGUCAGAAAUUUCGAUAACAGCCCACUUAGUAGAAAUUUACUCACCAAUCCCGAUAUGUUGUCAGAGGGACAACAUUUACUGGGUGAUGGUGCAUACAUCUUGACUGACAAGCUCUUGAUUCCAUACGCUGAUGAUGGAUAUGCAGACGACUGGAUGAAGACCCACAAUACUUUGUUAUCAGCAUGUAGAGUGCGGAUCGAGAACAGCUUUGCUGCUCUACGAGCAAAGCAUAGGCGGCUCAAAAAGUUGCCCAUGAGAAAUCCUUUCCUGGUCCGCUAUCAUAUUAUGGCAUGCUUUGUGCUCCAUAAUUUUAUCCUUUUGGAAGGAAAUGAUUGUGAGGGACUUAUUCCAGCAGUACCUCCUCCAAUUCCUGAAGACGGAUAUGUUCAAUUGAGGACAGAGGCAAGGGAAAGGGGGGCUGUCAAGAGAGAAUACAUUGCUAAUAUUCUACAUCCACAUGUGUGA